CCUGGCCGCAGCCCGGCGCCCCCCGCGGCCCCCGCGGCCCCCGCGGCCCGGGGCGCCCUCCGCCGGCCGGGAGAUGGCAGCGAGGCGGCGCUGAGCCCCGCGCCCUCGCCAUGCAGAAGAGCGUGCGCUACAACGAGGGGCACGCCCUGCACCUGGCCUUCCUGGCCCGCAAGGAGGGCACCAAGCGCGGCUUCCUGAGCAAGAGGGCGGCCGAGGCGAGCCGCUGGCACGAGAAGUGGUUCGCCCUCUACCAGAAUGUGCUCUUCUACUUCGAGGGCGAGCAGAGCGGCCGCCCGGCGGGCAUGUACCUCCUGGAGGGCUGCAGCUGCGAGCGCACGCCCGCGCCGCCCCGGGCCGGGGUCGGGCCGCCCGGCGCCCGGGACGCGCUGGACAAGCAGUACUACUUUACUGUUCUUUUUGGCCAUGAAGGUCAGAAACCUCUGGAGCUGCGCUGUGAGGAGGAGCAGGACGGUAAAGAGUGGAUGGAGGCCAUUCACCAAGCCAGUUAUGCAGACAUUUUGAUUGAGAGGGAAGUGUUAAUGCAGAAGUACAUUCAUCUAGUUCAGAUCGUAGAGACAGAAAAAAUUGCAGCUAACCAGCUCCGGCAUCAACUUGAAGAUCAAGAUACAGAAAUUGAAAGACUUAAAUCAGAGAUUAUCGCUCUUAAUAAAACCAAGGAACGAAUGCGGCCUUACCAAAGCAAUCAAGAAGAUGAGGAUCCAGACAUCAAGAAGAUUAAAAAGGUUCAGAGCUUCAUGAGAGGAUGGUUGUGUAGAAGGAAAUGGAAGACUAUUGUGCAGGAUUACAUUUGUUCUCCUCAUGCUGAAAGUAUGAGGAAGAGAAACCAGAUUGUGUUCACCAUGGUUGAAGCCGAGUCAGAGUAUGUUCACCAGCUCUACAUCCUAGUCAACGGCUUCCUCCGGCCCCUGCGGAUGGCGGCCAGCUCCAAGAAGCCUCCCAUCAGCCAUGAUGAUGUCAGCAGCAUUUUCCUCAACAGUGAAACGAUUAUGUUUCUUCAUGAAAUAUUUCACCAAGGACUGAAGGCGAGGAUAGCAAACUGGCCUACUUUGAUUUUAGCUGAUCUGUUUGAUAUUUUGCUCCCCAUGUUGAACAUUUAUCAAGAAUUUGUGCGUAAUCACCAGUACAGCCUCCAAGUGCUUGCCAAUUGUAAGCAAAACAGAGAUUUUGACAAACUCUUAAAACAGUAUGAAGCCAACCCUGCCUGUGAGGGGAGGAUGCUGGAAACGUUCCUGACAUAUCCAAUGUUUCAGAUCCCCAGGUAUAUCAUCACACUUCAUGAACUCCUAGCUCAUACACCUCAUGAGCAUGUGGAAAGGAAAAGUCUGGAGUUUGCUAAAUCGAAACUAGAGGAACUGUCCAGGAUAAUGCACGAUGAAGUGAGUGACACUGAAAACAUAAGGAAGAACCUGGCCAUAGAAAGAAUGAUCGUAGAGGGCUGCGAUAUUUUGCUGGACACCAGCCAAACUUUCAUCCGCCAAGGUUCUCUUAUUCAAGUACCUUCUGUUGAGAGGGGAAAACUUAGUAAAGUUCGCCUGGGUUCAUUGUCUUUGAAAAAGGAAGGAGAAAGACAGUGCUUCUUAUUUACAAAACACUUUUUAAUUUGUACAAGAAGUUCAGGAGGAAAGCUACAUCUGCUCAAGACAGGUGGGGUUCUCUCUCUAAUAGAAUGUACAUUGAUUGAGGAGCCCGAUGCAAGUGAUGAUGACUCUAAAGGUUCUGGGCAAGUGUUUGGACACCUGGAUUUUAAGAUAGUAGUGGAGCCUCCUGAUUCUGCCCCUUUCACUGUAGUCUUGUUAGCACCUUCACGCCAAGAGAAGGCUGCCUGGAUGAGCGACAUAAGUCAGUGUGUGGACAAUAUACGGUGUAAUGGUUUAAUGACUAUAGUAUUUGAGGAGAAUUCCAAAGUUACUGUGCCCCAUAUGAUUAAGUCUGAUGCCCGUCUUCAUAAAGAUGACACCGACAUUUGCUUCAGUAAAACACUCAACUCCUGCAAAGUGCCCCAGAUCCGCUAUGCCAGCGUGGAGCGCCUCCUGGAGCGGCUGACAGACUUACGAUUUCUCAGUAUCGAUUUCCUCAAUACCUUUCUGCACACCUAUCGUAUUUUCACUACGGCAGCUGUGGUGCUGGCAAAACUUUCUGACAUAUACAAGAGGCCUUUUACCUCCAUUCCUGUCAGGUCAUUAGAAUUGUUUUUUGCUACCAGCCAGAACAAUAGAGGUGAACAUUUGGUGGAUGGCAAAUCCCCACGCUUGUGUCGCAAAUUCUCUUCCCCCCCACCGCUGGCUGUGUCCAGGACGUCCUCCCCAGUGAGGGCCAGAAAGCUGUCCUUGACUUCUCCAUUGAACUCAAGGAUAGGAGCGUUGGACCUGACCACCUGUUCAGCAUCCAGUAGUCCUACCGCCACCCACAGCCCCGCUGCCUCCCCACCACCGCACACCGGGAAGGUACCGUUGGAUCUUAGCAGAGGCCUUCCUUCUCCAGAGCAAAGCCCGGGAUCUGUAGAAGAGCACGUGGAUAACCCCCGCAUGGAUCUGUGUAACAAGCUAAAACGAAGUAUUCAAAGAGCUGUCCUUGAGUCUGCCCCUGUGGACCGAGCUGGAGUGGAAGGUUCCCCGGUGGUGGACAGCACAGACCUUUCACCUUGCCGAUCACCCUCCACGCCUCAGCAUCUCCGCUAUCGCCAGCCUGUAGGACAGACGGCUGACAACUCCCACUGCUCUGUUUCUCCUGCUUCUGCUUUUGCAAUUGCCACGGCGGCUGCAGGACAUGGAAGUCCACCAGGAUUUAACAACACUGAGAGGACAUGCGACAAAGAGUUUAUUAUUCGGAGAACAGCCACCAAUCGAGUCCUGAAUGUCCUCCGUCACUGGGUCUCAAAGCACGCACAGGAUUUUGAACUCAACAACGAACUAAAGAUGAACGUUCUGAAUUUGCUAGAAGAAGUUUUGCGAGACCCAGACCUUCUUCCCCAGGAAAGGAAAGCCACGGCGAAUAUCCUGAGGGCCCUUUCACAAGAUGAUCAAGAUGACAUCCACCUAAAAUUAGAGGAUAUAAUUCAACUGACAGACUGUCCGAAGGCUGAGUGCUUUGAGACCUUGUCAGCCAUGGAGCUGGCUGAGCAGAUCACCCUCCUGGACCACAUCAUCUUCAGAAGCAUUCCCUAUGAAGAAUUUCUUGGGCAGGGGUGGAUGAAGCUGGAUAAAAAUGAAAGAACACCUUACAUUAUGAAAACCAGCCAACACUUCAAUGAUAUGAGUAACCUGGUGGCCUCCCAGAUAAUGAACUAUGCGGACGUCAGCUCACGGGCCAAUGCGAUAGAGAAGUGGGUGGCCGUGGCAGACAUCUGCCGAUGCCUGCACAACUACAACGGCGUGCUGGAGAUCACCUCAGCCUUAAACAGAAGUGCCAUCUACCGGCUGAAGAGAACCUGGGCCAAGGUGUCCAAGCAGACAAAAGCUCUAAUGGACAAGCUUCAGAAGACCGUUUCAUCUGAAGGAAGAUUUAAAAAUCUCAGAGAAACCCUUAAAAACUGUAACCCCCCAGCUGUUCCUUAUCUGGGGAUGUACCUGACAGACCUGGCCUUUAUUGAAGAAGGAACACCAAACUUUACUGAGGAAGGCCUCGUUAAUUUCUCCAAAAUGAGAAUGAUAUCACACAUCAUCAGAGAGAUACGCCAAUUCCAGCAGACUUGCUAUCGAAUAGACCAUCAGCCAAAGGUCACCCAGUACCUGCUCGACAAAGCCCUCAUCAUAGACGAAGACACGCUCUACGAACUGUCCCUCAAAAUCGAGCCCCGGCUCCCGGCCUGAGGCUGGGCCGCCGCACCGUGCAUGCCCCGCCCCGCGGCCUCCUGCCUCCUCGGGGCGCACCCAGACCGCCUCCAGCCUGCGAAGCCCCGGCCCUGGGCGGGAGCCGGAC